AUGAAGUUGUUAGCAGCAAUCUUAUAUUUACAUUGUUGUAUAUUGCUACAUUCUUUCGGACACUUGUUUCCUUCUUCUUUGCGUUUCAUCAAAGAAGGACAUGUGUCGGAAACACCGGAUGUGUGCGUUUUCGAUAUCCGACCCCUUCUCAUCAAAUCUCUUGGAGAAUGCGCAUUGUUUUGUGGAUUGAAUGCACUCUGUAAUGCUUUCGAUUAUUGUUUUCUUAACGGUUUACACACUUGUCGAUUCCGCUAUGGACAAACAACACUGUCAUCCACCACUACACAAUGUGAAGUUUUCGAAAUGACAGCUAACAAAGACUGUUUAGGUGGAUUCUUUUCAAGAUCCGAAGGAAUAUGUAAAAAUAUGACAGUUUUGUCGGAUCUUGCGUUGCGUAAACCUGCCCACCAGUCUUCAAACUUUUACAACUUUACAGCUGAUAAUGCUGUAGAUGGUAACCAUGGUACAGACAUUCAGAAAGACACGUGUACGCACACGGAAUCAAACGACCAUAGUCCUUGGUGGAUGGUAGAUCUACAAACUGUGUAUUCCGUUACAUCUGUCAGAAUAUUCAACAGAGGACUGGAGCAAGACGGAAUCGAUGUGUCAGACCGCCUGCGGAAUGUCUCUGUCACUGUAGGGCUGACAGAAUCAACAGUUAACACUGUAUGUGGUUGCUUUGCUGGUCCGGGUACUCUGUCACAGGUGGUCAUCAUCGACUGUCCGACAUUACCACAGGGGAGAUUUGUAAAGAUCUCCAAAACAACCGAGUAUCUCUCUCUUUGUGAAGUUGACGUGUUUGGAGUCGCCGUAUAA